AUGGACGAACUCCUUCCAUCUUACGAAAGCGUAAUGCGACGCGAUCCUUGGGUGCUCAUCGCUCCCUAUCUGCCCUCUCAAGACCUCUGCUCAGCAGCUUUGGUCAACCGGCAAUGGCACCAGACCUUCACACCAAACCUUUGGGGUAGCCCGGCAUCGCACUUUGGAGUCCAGAAUGAUACAGUAUACGUGGCGCUCACACGGUUCAAGCGUACAUUACCUUACGCCCGAGCAGCUGUACGAGAGCUCACACAUACUCUACGUUUCCCACCCGCUCAUGCAGAGCUGUAUGAUGGACCGCACGCAGAAUGGCUUCGAGACUGUUUGGAACACCUACCUCAUCUGCAGUGCCUAAUUGUGGACGGCCUACCCUUCUUCGAUCACGCAUGUCUUCUGAGUCUGCGACACUCAAGCCUGCAAUGGAGGUUGACUCGCCCCAACGCAUAUCCGGUGUUCAGCCUACGCCUGCUAGAUGCUUCUAGCUGUACGAAUGCUACAUCGAUGGGCCUUGCAGAAGCUUUACCGCACUUUCCAGAUCUUGUCUCGCUGGAUCUAUCAAAGACUGCAGCCGCGAGAGAUAAGGCGGUUCUUUCGACCUUCAAGUACCUCCGAAAUCUGCGCGUGCUGAAUCUUCGUGGAAUUGGCAUCAGGGAUGAGGAGUUCUCAGUAGUUGCGCAUGCAAUCAGCAGCCGCGUCAGAAGCCUGGACAUCAGCAACAACCUUUUGACGGACACUAGCGUGCGACUCCUUCUUGAACUGUGCUUGAAAGAGAGGGUUGUUGUGACGCAUUCUUCUCGUGGACCACUGGCGCCUGUCGAGAACGCGAACCCAACCGAUGGACCAGAGACCUUUGAGUCUGAAAACCUCGUGGGCCAUCUUCGCAAGAAGCUUACAGGCGGCUUCAUCGGCAGCCUAAGCAUUGAGGAGUCGAGCGAUGUCGGAGUCUCGCACUUGUAUCUCUCCAGUAACGCAAUAACUGUCGAAGGCAUAUCGGCUUUGCUGCGAUCAAGACGCCUGCAAGUCCUAGAUGUGGGUAUACUACCCGCUGUAGUAACGCAUCCUUCUAACCUCACGCUCGAAACACCGAACGAUGACUUGGAACUACCUAGCGUAUCAAAGCUUACUCCAGUACUUGCAGAGUAUGCUUCAUCUAGACUGCGAUACCUGCGGAUGAACUACGAGUUGGUGACAGAAGACGCCCCUUUUGAAACGCCCAAUUCGCCGCGCGCGGAACUCACUGGGGAUCUCGCUAUCUACAAACCUUCAAAUGCGCAUGAGCUCGAAGCUGUAGAGCCACCGACACCCGAACUCGACUCCAUCCCAAUAGCUGUACACGAGGUUACAGGGGACUCAUCAUAUCCGGUUGAGCUUCCCGGCUCACCUGUAACGCCUCAACUCGCUGAAAACGACAGGCCGGAAUCGGAAUUUGCCGAUGGUGAAAGGCGAGACGCCAAAAGCGUUCCUAAAAUAUGCGUUACUCCGCAACCACUACAGAUUAACCGAGAUCCUGCCUGCGCUCCGGAAGUCAUACCUGUAGACUCGCCAUUGAGUCCUCUUAGCCCACUGGGAAACGGGAUCUACCAGCCUUACGCAGCUGCAAACAGACAUGAUCAUGGAGAACGCCUUUCAUCAUCUACGCCGACCCACGGCAGCAGUACACUGGAUCAACCGACCACCAAGGUUACGACAAGGUCACGAGGCAAUUCGUUUUACUACAUCGAGGACAGAAAAGUCCGACUGGACUUUCGCCAAGCAAGUGAACCUCGACUACAUCCGGGGAUGCUUCCGAAGCUUCACACUCUCGUUCUGACGGACGUGCCGACCAUGACCAACGACAGGGAGAUUGUUCAUCGGAUUAUACAGUUUAUCAAGGAUGCAGCCGAGGAGGCUUCAAUCGCCAAGCAACGGGCCAGGCACACUUAUGUGCUACCGCCAGGACGUAGGCGUGCUAUAGCAGAAGAAGAGUACGCACGAAACCAGUUUGCCCUUCGGAGAGUAGUACUUGAAAUGGCGGCCCCACAGUCAGCGCCUAAGAAAAUCUCUACCAGUUGGCGGGCUUAUCCAACAAAGUCAACUACUGAAGAUGCGGACUCUGAAGCAUUUUGGGAGGCAGCAACGCAUGACUUCUCCUUCUUCGACGAUGAGGAGUGUGGACAGCCUGGUCGUGAGCCAGGCCGCACUCUGCCCUUGGCAGCUAUGAGCGGAUUGGAGCUUGCACCUAGCAAUCCCGUCUUACCAGUGGAAACAAGUAAGAAUGUUCAUGAUACAAUCCCGCUCAUCGAUGUAGUGGGUGAGAUUGGCAAGUUUCGGCGAGAAAGGAAGGCCGCAUACAACAAUUUAGUGGAGAUGGGCAAGGCUGAACCCGAUGUAGAGGGGUACUGGCCUGGGGAUAUUACGGUUCUGAGGAAGCCGGUGAAUUCAGAAGCUGGGGAACUCGACUGUUACGGCAACCGGUAUGAGUUGGGUUGGUUCUACCGUUGA